CUGUGGCCCGAGCGAGCGACCACGCGGUAACGCUGCCGCCGCCACUGCCGCGGGCUAAGAAAACGAGCCGUCGCCGUACACGAAGAAGAGAGCAGCAGGCAGGCAAGGCAGUAGAAGAGCAAGCAAAGCGAGCAGCUUUGCCAGGAUGCGUGCGCGGGUGGUGUUGGCAUCGGCCGCAGCGGUGGUGCUGCUGCUGGUCCUGGCGGACGGCGGCGCCUGCGCCAUGUACAAGGUGGGCGACCUCGACGCCUGGGGCGUGCCGCCGCCCUCCAAGCCCGAUGUCUACAAGCGCUGGGCCAAGUCCAUCCACCUCGCGCUCGGCGACUCCAUCUGGUUCCUCUACCCGCCCAGCCAGGACUCGGUGCUGCAGGUCACGCCGCAGGCCUUCGCCGCCUGCGACCUGUCGUCCCCCGUGCUCAAGCUCGCCGACGGCAACUCCGUCUUCAACCUCACCACGCCCGGCCGCGCCUACUUCACCAGCGGCGCGCCGGGACACUGCCUCAAGGGCCAGAAGCUCUGGGUCGACGUGCCCAUGGCCAACGGCACCUACCUGCAGCCCUCCGCCAGCGACCUCGCCGCCCUCGCGCCCACGCCGGCGGCCGAGGCGCCCGAGGGGUCCCUGCCGGCCUCCGCCCCGGCAGGCGCCCACCCAUCGCCCGCGCUCCGGGCCGUCGCCGGCGCUGGAUCCGUCGCCGCUGCGGCCGCUCUCUCCUUCGCCCUCCCUCUCCUCCUGUGACAGUCACAGCUAAUUUAAUUAGCCACCUGACUACCUCUCUCGACCUUCUUUUGCGUUUUGAGAUCUUCUCCAUUGGCUUGAUUGGGGGGCAUUCGGAUGAUCAGAGUUUGGAUCUCCAUUUUUUAAAAUUAGUUUCUAUCUAGAUCUCUCUCUUUCUCUCCAUUAUUACAUUGUAAUGCAAUGCAAUGACAACAUGAUGGAUUGGAUCAUUUUGCAUCGAUCGACCA